ACCACGGCGUUCUUAGAAUCUUCCUCUGCAAAGUAAAGUUGUGGCUGGUUUUCAGGGCUUUACUGCUAAAAGACAGGUAUUUUUUUUAGUUGUUUUUAGUUUGUACACCAUGGGAAGUUAAGUUACCGUGUGUUUCAUGUAACAAAUGAGAUCUCAACGGACUGCUCUGGGUAUUUUAAUAACCGGAAAUAGUCGACAGGUGUUGUGACAGGAUGUUCAGGAAAACUAACUGGAGGAACACAGUCAGUGAUGCAGUGAGUGUCCACCAGGACCAAGCCCUCAACACAACCAUAUUCCUCCUGAGAUCCUACGGACCCACAGGAUUUCUGCUCAGAGAGGAGGGAGAGGCCAGAAACAUCAAGGUGUGUUUAGGCGACCCACAUACGUGCUCUUGCCCUGUGUUCAUCAAAGAGCAGGAACCAUGCAAACACAUCUGCUGGAUUUUACUGCGGAAAUUCAGAAUACCCAGAGAACAUGAAUAUUCAUUUCAACAUGGACUUGUGGAGAGGCAGAUCUUGGAGGUUCUCCAUGGCUUACACCAAACCAAAGCCCACCGGAUGGAAACUGAUCCCCCUGCUGCUUCUGGGACCCCAAGCCAACCAGUCACGGGCCAGGAGGCUGGAAGUGUCUGCCGGAAGUUGAUCCAAGCCCAGGAUGUGUGUCCAAUCUGUCAAGAGGAGCUGCUGGAGAAAAAACUGCCUGUGUCUUACUGCAGGUUUGGUUGUGGCAAUAAUGUCCACAUCUCUUGUAUGAAAGUCUGGACAGAUCACCAAAAGCUCUCGGACAGGGAAGAGAUGGUGAAGUGCCCUCUGUGCAGGGAGGAAUUCAGCUCUUUGAAGUUACUCCAGGAGCAGGUGAAAAAUGCAGCAAAGCUCUUCACCGCUCCUGAAAGAGAGAAGCCAGACAGACACCUGGGAGUCGUCUGUCACAUCUGUCAGGCCUGUCCUGUCACUGGCAAAUGUUUCAAAUGCACAGUCUGCAGUUACAUGUAUUUGUGUGAGGACUGCUCAAAAAGAGGCUGCCACCCACAGCAUCAGUUUGCUUCACGAACAAAAAGAAGAGACAAGUGGCGUCUUGUGGCAGAAAGCCUGAGUGAUGAACCAAGUGGAGCAACCUCUCAGCCAAUAAAUGACAGCAUCAUCCCUGUAGCUGCAGACCCUCUACCAGAAAAUGUGUUGGUGUGUCUGCCUGCUGUCAGGGUGAGAUCAGGGUCUCGGCUCUUGGACGAAGGGCAGCAGUGUCGCAUCUGUCUGCAGAAUUUUAACCCAGGCCAGCGUGUUCGAACCCUGCCCUGUCAUCACAAGUUCCACAUGGACUGUGUGGAUGGGAUCCUGCGGAAGUCGAACUCCUGCCCUUUGGAUGGGUAUGUCAUUUAUAAUCCCCUGACUUGGAGAACCAGUGAAAGGAAGACCUCCCACAAGCUGGCCUCCUGCCUUUCCAAUGACUUUGCCAAACCAGAACAUAACUUAAAGGACCUGUUUAUCCCAGGAGUGGCACUGCGGGACAGGAACACUAAAACUGCUCCCUCGCACGGCUCUCUCAACUUAGAGGUGCUGACAGGCUCUUGUGAACCUUUAAACAUCCCACAAAAGUUAAUAAGCAACCAGUUUAUUGGCUUGUGCAUCACCACAACAGAUGGUGUAACAAAAGAAGGAAAAGUACUGCAGAAAAAACUAAGUAAAUCUGACUCAGGCGACCGACAAAACACUUGUUCUCCAAAAAAGACAUCGGCAGAAAUCAGAGAGCAGCCACAGGUAAAUCUAUUUGUAGGUUCAUGCAGACCAGAAUCAGGCCAUGCAGCUGCUAUGGCCCUUCCUGGCAGGCGAACUAGACCAAAGCCCACGAGGACAAGCCUGGUAACAACUCAAGACACAAACAAGAAACUUGUUUCAGAGCUAAGAAUGACUGGGGUGAUGAUAAACACACAGCAACACAGGAAGACUGAGACUUGACAUUUUAGCUUUGUGGUCUUCAGUGGUGUAUUCGCACUUCUUUUCUGAAAUAAAUCAACAAGUGUACAUGACAA